AGUGCACGCGGUGACGCCUCCACGAGAAGACCUGUGUCGCAAUUCGAUCCUUGGUCCCCGUCGAGUUUGUCCGCCUCGAAGUACGCGAUAGUAUAGUAAAGUGACGGGAGGAAAAGUCCUCGUCUAUCAGGUGCCGCGGAUACUUACAGUCACUUCCGUGGGAAGGAUGAAGUAGCGGACAGGGAAGAUAUCGAGUAACUAGGAAACUGGGCAAAAGGGUUGAAGAAGAAGCGGAUUGCUCCGGGACGAAUGCAGUAAAAUGAUCUUCUAUCGGUGGAUGCUGGGUGUCAGCAGCACAAUGGAUGCCGAGGCAGCCCUUCUCGAGUGUUCCCCGACACUGUCCGUCAUCUCGUCGCCGGAUUUGACGGAAUCUAAAUAUCCGGAUGGCGGGCCGCCCUUCUCAUCGGAUGAGCGAGAAAUCCUGACUUCCGCGAGAGGGUACACAAAAGUCCAGGAGGAGAAUCUGACCCCCACACUGAGCCCGAGGCACUCGAAACCCCCGAAUAAGCCAAAGCUCCGAAUACGGUUGCCUUAUCUGAUGAUCUGCGUCAGCAUAAUCGAGAUAUCCGUCCACUGUUUGGGCGAGGAAGCCACCCUGCGAACAUGGCUGGUCUACGACCCUCAACAACGAAUUCAAGCCUGGAGGUUCGCCUCCUACAUGCUUCUACACUCGAACGCCCUUCAUCUGUCUCUCAACGUCGUCAUACAGCUGGUGCUUGCCGUUCCACUGGAGGUAGAACAAGGGUGGCUUGGGGUGGCGGCCGUGUACCUGGGCGGAGGCAUUUGCGGAGCGCUUGGAGCAUCGCUUCUUCAACCGACUCUCUAUCUGGUUGGAGCAUCGGCUGGAGUUUACGCUCUUCUAACGAGUCACCUCGCUCACUUGUACUUGUGCCACGGGGAGCUGCCGUACCCCAACUGGCGGCUGGGGGCCAUUCUUCUGUUGGCGGGUGCUGACGUAGUCUCACUUCCGGUCCCAGCACUGCUAGGCUGUGGGAGAGUGGGCUGGGCGGCCCAUGUCGCGGGGGCCAUAGCCGGUCCUCUGCUGGGCCUGGCGCUCUUCCCGCGUCAGAGCAAGAAGGAUUCGCGGGGCCGGAAAUUCGUCCGAUUCGUCCGUUUCUUGGCGGGUCUCGGUGUGCUGCUCUUGAUCUUCGGGGCGAUUCUUGGCAAUAUCUACCUGAUCGCUCUUCCCCAGCAGCGGAGGGCCUCCUGACAAAAAACCGAGCUAUUCGUAAGGUUCUGCAAGCGGUCCUUUCUCAUCGUCAAGAUCAAGGAGGCUGCAGAGGUGGUCUACGAAUGAAGCAUGGAGCUUCGUGGAUACGAAUAUCCACCUGAAACAAUUAGCGGAAGUAGGGAAUUUCGACAAUUGAAAAGAACUUACCAACGGCAGAUGCGUUGUUUGUACUUUGUGUCGGACUCGAGGUACACUGAGCACUGGUUUUAAAGGACUCUACGUUAUAAACCCUCCCUAAAUCGCAAUAUACCCGUUAUAUAUACCUAUCUAUAUGCUUUCCGCACAUGACACCAUAGAUACUUCGCCGCGGACUUGGGUUUAAUAAUUUUAAUUAAAAUCUGAUGGUGUAUGUGUAAUGUAUAAAACAACUAGGUUUUAAUUCUUUCAUUUUCAAUUUCAACGCCGCUGACGAGUUUCACUAUAUUAUAUACUUAUAUUAUACAUAGUGAAGCUCGACGAAUACACUGCCCCACGCUCGCAGAAAGCGCGUUUCAUUAAACGGGAUUACCAACCGCUCGCGAGUACCGCAAAUGCGACAGUUAUAUAAGACGUGUAGAAUUCAACUUUUUUAAUAAUCAAUAUAAUUACAC